CAUUUUUGUGCUUCCUGGACGCAGAGUCCACGCGGGCCUGGGGGAGUUCCGUGCCUGCGGUUCAUGCCAAAGGGGCAUGCAGCCAGGUGUCCCGCCACCUGUAGUGGAACGGAGGACAGAAGCAGUAGGGGUUGCUAAAGUUUGUGCUGGGAAUGCCAGGGAGGGAAGCUGUCCGGACUGGGGAGUUUUGACUCCGGCUGGGUGGCGGGAAGGAUACUUCUUUGUACUCUGUGGAAUUCGACUCCAUAUAGCUGGAACACAUCUUACAGUCGUCUGCAAGUGAUGAGGCCUAUCAAAACAAAAUGCAAGGCGAACCAAACCCUAGUGCUUCCCUUAUUGACAGAACCAUCAAGAUGAGAAAAGAAACAGAAGCUAGGAAAGUGGUUUUAGCCUGGGGACUCCUAAAUGUAUCUGUGGCUGGAAUGAUAUAUACCGAAAUGACUGGAAAAUUGAUCAGUUCAUAUUAUAAUGUGACGUACUGGCCCCUCUGGUAUAUUGAGCUUGCUCUUGCAUCUCUCUUCAGCCUAAAUGCCUUAUUUGAUUUUUGGAGAUAUUUCAAAUAUACUGUGGCACCAACAAGUCUGGUUGUUAGCCCCGGACAGCAAACACUUUUAGGGUUGAAAACAGCUGUUGUACAGACUACUCCUCCACAUGAUCUGACAGCAACCCAAAUCCCUCCCUCUCCACCUUCUCCUUCAAUUCAGGGUCAGAGUGUGUUGAGUUAUAGCCCAUCUCGUUCACCCAGUACCAGUCCCAAGUUCACCACCAGCUGUAUGACUGGAUACAGCCCUCAGCUACAAGGUCUGUCAUCAGGUGGCAGUGGUUCUUAUAGCCCUGGAGUGACCUACUCACCCAUCAGUGGUUAUAAUAAGUUGGCAAGCUAUAGUCCCUCUCCUCCUUCUUCAUACCCUACCACUGUUGGACCAGUGGAGAGCAGUGGGUUGAGAUCUCGUUACCGUUCUUCACCCACUGUCUAUAACUCUCCUACUGACAAAGAAGACUACAUGACAGACCUACGAACUUUGGAUACUUUUCUUAGAACUGAAGAAGAGAAACAGCACAGAGUUAAGCUGGGGAGCCCAGAUUCUACCUCUCCUUCCACCAGCCCUACUUUCUGGAACUACAGUCGUUCUGUGGGGGAUUAUGCACAAACCUUAAAGAAGUUUCAGUAUCAGCUUGCCUGUAGGUCUCAGGCCCCGUGCGCCAACAAAGAUGAAGCCGAUCUUAGUUCUAAACAAGCUGCAGAGGAGGUUUGGGCGAGAGUGACUAUGAAUAGACAACUUCUUGAUCAUAUGGAUUCAUGGACAGCUAAGUUCAGAAAUUGGAUCAAUGAGACAAUCUUAGUGCCACUUGUACAAGAGAUUGAGUCUGUCAGCACACAGAUGAGACGCAUGGGUUGUCCAGAGCUGCAAAUAGGAGAGGCUAGUAUUACUAGCUUGAAACAAGCUGCUCUGGUCAAAGCGCCUCUCAUUCCAACUCUGAAUACAAUUGUGCAGUAUCUAGACCUUACUCCAAAUCAGGAAUACUUGUGUGAAAGGAUCAAAGAACUUUCUCAAGGAGGCUGUAUGAGUUCAUUUCGAUGGAAUAGAGGUGGAGACUUUAAAGGACGCAAGUGGGAUACAGACUUGCCCACUGAUUCUGCUAUCAUCAUGCAUGUAUUUUGCACCUACCUUGAUUCCAGAUUACCUCCACAUCCUAAAUACCCUGAUGGAAAAACAUUUACUUCUCAGCACUUUGUUCAGACACCAAAUAAACCAGAUGUGACAAAUGAAAAUGUUUUCUGCAUUUACCAGAGUGCUAUCAACCCUCCCCAUUAUGAGCUAAUCUACCAGCGUCAUGUCUACAAUCUUCCAAAGGGCCGAAAUAAUAUGUUUCAUACAUUAUUAAUGUUCCUUUACAUCAUAAAGACCAAAGAGUCAGGAAUGCUUGGGAGAGUUAAUCUUGGUCUAUCCGGUGUGAAUAUUUUGUGGAUUUUUGGCGAGUAGUGGGUCAUCUGAUUCUAAACAUUUGGACUUUUAUUUGACCAAAUCAGAAGUCAAAUCUAAGCAUCUCUGAGUUACCGCUUCUUUUGAGACGUUCGUGUAUGUUACAGACUCUUUAGAUUUAACAAAAAAAUUAGCUAUUAUUAUGUGAAAGUAUGUCUUAUAUCUUCUACACCAAGAUAUUACCCUCAGUUUUUUAUUGCAUUUUACAUUUUUCAGUUGCCUUCAAAACUGCAACCUUUCAGAUUGUUGUUGACCCAAAACAGUGCAGUUCUCCCUUAAUUAAAUAAAUGAGUCCUUUUUUAUUGUAACUUCAAAAUAAGAAUCACCUACCUGAUUCUUCCCCACAAAAACUGAUUUUUCAGUCACAUUAUUUAGUAUAAACUACUUAAAAAGAAACAAGCAAAUCGCUAACUCUUUUUUCUCUCUCUCCAGUGUUUAGAAAAUCCGCCCAAGGCCCCUAUUUUAAAAAAAUCAGAUAAAUACUAAGUAGUAUAUAGUCGAUGUGUUUAUUGAAAGAGGUUUGACAAUAUUAGCAUUUAAAAAGUCAACUCUUGGAUUAAAUUUAGCUGACAGAAUUAGUUUGGAUCUUAAGAGGCUGAGGACAUCAGGAAAACUAUUUCUUUGGUUUUAAUAACUUAAUUUCACUAUCCCAUUAUAUAUUAAGAGUUUCCUUUAAGAUCAUAUAUCUUACGUUCAAAUUUUUUUAGGUAUGUUCAAAAUAUCUGGAGAGUAAGAAGUUAUCAGUUUUGUAAGUUUGCUUCACUCUUCAUUUUUAUUUUCUUAUGUGUAUGUGUAGUACCUCUCAGGCUAGCUAGCAAUUGCAUGUAUUUUCCGGAUUGACAUAUUAGACUGCUUCCAUCACGUGGAAGCAACUAGAACCCAUAUAUUCUGAAUAACUGCAUGUUAUUCACAUAUGCAGCUGGUUUUGUAUAAUUUGUAAAUUCUCUUUUUCCAAAGGUGGUUCUUGUUUUUUAAGUUUUAUGUCCACAGGAGAGGGAAUUUGUAUCUUAUAACUGCUUUUGAUACGUGUUAAAUAUGUUUAAGAUUUUUUAAGAGAAAAUAUCAAUUAAACAUGUUUAAUAUGAAAACAUGUUAAGAUGUUAAGUCUACUGUUUCAACAGUUAUUAAAGGUGUUAUAGAAUAAUAGUUGCUUUGCUGUUGAACUCUUGUUCAGUUAUACAUAUUCUUCAUUAAGCAAUUAGGAGAAAAAUUUUAGCACAACUUUUUUUCUCUUUACAUGGCUUAAGGCAGCUUUUAGUCCAAAAAUUCAAAGUUUAUAAUAUUUUAUAUUUUGAGUGUCAAAAAAUACAAUGUACAGUAAAUAUACAUGUAAAAAGACUAGACAUACAAA